AUGAUGCUGUACGAGCGACCCGUUGAACAAACCAUUGUCCUUUCCGACGCCGGAUCGCCCCCGGGAUUAUCCACCUCCAAGUCCUCCAAGUCCUCAUCCUUCCCCUCCUCCAGGUCCUUUGGUUCGGACAGGGAGAGCGUCAUCACCGAUGUGAGCAAUUUUGAAGAUAUUGGCCUUCAGGAUGACGCUCCGAGCCAAGACCACGAUGUGCACCAGCCCAAACGUGACCCGAGCCCGUUCGCUCGCUCCUACGCCUCUGACCUGCGUGCCGCAAAGUCUUUGACCAACCUGAAGGCCCAGCCGCAGCCGCAACAGCAGCAGCAGCAGCCGCCCAUAAGGCCAUUGUCCAAGUCGCGGACUCUGCAGGUGACCCAGAGAGAGAUAUACAAUCCCAUGCGGCGGCGGUCUAACUCGCCCAACCUGCAAACUGAGCGCCGUGACCCCCACGUGCGCAAUGCUAGCACCAAUCAGCUCGUCUCCGAAUCUCUGAACCCGCUUCCUCUCCGAACCCAGAGCAACCGUACGCCAAACAGUCGGCCCUCGGUCCCCUCCUUCAGCCGUCGUCACCGAACUCCGAGCCCAAACCUCGCUCCGAGUCUCUCCUUGGCCACAAGGGGCCCCGCCCUGUCAUUGCAGCUGCGCCGGAGCAGCUGGCAGUCAAACCGAGAACGAAAGAGCGAGGCGGAGCUGGAGAAGGAAUGUGACGAGGAUGACGGUGAUGAUAUCCCCGAAGGCUUCGUCUUGGACAAUGUCCCGCUAUCGCCUCGUCCUGUCUCUGAGCGCACAAAGAGCCAGCCUUCUUCAAAGACAGCUUCACCGGAACGACCCGCCAAGGGCACACGGAUACGCAGUGUUGGUAAUGGAACGCCUGCUGUCGCUGCUGCGCAUGGCUCUAUCGGAGAGCUGCGGUCCCCCGGCGCGAGAUCCGAUGCCACAUUUGCGUCUCUGAGAUCGCCCGACGGAAGCACCGCUACGAGCCCCAUCAAGCGGGCCAACAGUUGGAAUGCGACGCUGGCAGAGUUGAACAAGGACGCCCAGGAGCUGACCGAGAAGCUGGAAGAGCAUGCCGAGGAGCUGGCGACCAAGUCGCAGCGGUCGAGCACCGGAUCGAUCCCCAAGGCGCGCCGGCACAGCGAUGAAUCGAAAUCCAAGCACAAGUCUGCCUUGGCCGAACUGCCGCCUCUGCGCCGUACCAACAUCAUGAUCGACCCCCUGCCCAUUUCUAAGGAGAAGGAGGCUGUUUUGUCGCGCACGCGCCCCUCGUGGCUCCCGCCAAAGGAUCCGGCCGAAGAGCGCCGUCACCUGAAGGAGUACCAGAAGAUGAUGGCUCGAAGCCAGGAGAACGAACGCCGCAGGGAGGAGAAGAAGAAGGCCAUGUCCAGCAACAAGGAUCAGGCGGCCGACAGCCUCAUGCAGAUCUGGGAGAAGGACAUUGUUCCCAGGUGGAACGACGCCAUCCGUGAGCGCCGCACACGUGAGCUUUGGUGGAUGGGUGUCGCCCCUAGGAGCCGUGGUGCUGUUUGGACCAAAGCGAUCGGCAACGAUCUGGGUCUGACGGAUAAGUCCUUCCAGGCGGCUCUUGGACGGGCGCAUUCCGCCGAUGCUCGUGAGAAGGCAGGCCACGGUAGCCCUGAGGACCACAAGUAUACCGGCUGGAUGCGUGCCAUCCGCAAGGAUGUCGAGGAGCACACCUGGCAGGACCUGCGCAUCUUCCAGGCUGGUGGCCCGCUUCACCAGUCCCUUCUGGACGUCUUGUCGGCAUAUGCGAUGUAUCGCAGUGACAUCGGCUACGUCACUGGUUCCAACACUAUCGCCGCACUUCUUCUCCUAAACACUCCCACGCCCGCAGCUGCAUUCGUCGCACUUGCCAAUAUCCUCAACCGUGCCUUGCCGUUGAGCUUCCACUCCGAUGACGCCGGGGCCAAGUCAUCAGCAUACAACCUUCUUUUGCAGACCCUGGCAGCUAAGUCACGCGAUCUCCACGACCACCUGACCAAGCUGCCCGAGCAUGACCUGGAUCUGUACAUGGGAGAAAUCUUCUCGUCUCUCUUCACCAGCCAGCUCGCCCUCGAUGAAGCAUCUCGCCUGUGGGAUGUCUACAUCUUUGAGGGUGAUGCGGUGUUGAUCAGGGCCGGCGUUGCGGUGCUGCUGGAUCACGAGAUGGCCCUCCUUGGCACCAAGAGCGUUGGCGAGGUCCAGAAGGUGAUCCGCAGCAAGAAGCACCGGCUCGUGGGCAAGCCUGGUGACGAGGAUCGAUGGAUGAAGGCGGUCCGAGAGGCCGGAAAGAAUAAUUCCUGACGAUCACAACACCCUCCGAGCCUUUCAAACACCAAACCCACCAUCCCCACCUUAUAAAGGCUUUGUGCACAGCAUGCUCUCUGGCCAAGCCCUCGGGGUCUCCCGACCUCAAGUUGUCGCACCCAUUCUACCCGGAUGCUGUCGAUCAACCGAGACAAACUGGCAUUUUUUGUGGCCUUCAUUUGGUCAUCUCAUUCGUACUUCUUCCACAAUAUUGUGUACACCUUAAUUCUCGUGAAUGUGCUGGGGAUGGAAAAGCACCUGGACUUGGCUUGGAGAUAAUUUCGGAGACGAAAGGGUUUCAUUUUCUUUUUGUUUAUUUUUCUCUCUUUCAUUUGCGAAUGGGAGCAACGGAGUCAUGGCACGUCCAUCCUGGAAUUCUAUACUGGCCUCUACACGCCGGUUUUGCAUGGCAACCAGGGCUCAUGUACCUUUUGGUGUGAAGCGCGCUAUGCAAUAGGAGAGAUGGAGAGAGACGACGGUGCAAAAGGGAUGGUCAUUUCCUGACCUGAGCUCGCACCCCGCGGCGUGACAGCUAUGAAUUUUACAACCGAGGCCCUCUGGGGUUUGCAUAGAUAGGGCAGGCUCGGUUGAUGAUUUACACGUCGAUACAAAGGAUGGGAUUUUUUUUUCUUCUAAGGGUGCGGCACAUAGAUCAUAGGGUGGGAAAAUGGGGGCGGACGAGCUAUGGAUCCGCAGAUGUACUUUUGGAUACAGAACCAAUGUUAUAUUGGCCAUGAGGCCUCUCGAG